AUGCGUCGAUCGGACGGGCCUGUCAUCUCGAGUCCUCGCGUGCGCCAAGAAGGGGCCAAAGACCUUGUCACCUUGUCCCCUUGCCCCUCGAGUCCGACCGCAUGUUUGGAUUGGAUGCAAUGGACGGUGGAGAAUGGGAUGGGAGAUGGCAUGAGAGGAAACGGCACUCGGACGCGGGUGUCCAUGAUUGAUUUCGACUCGUGUCCUUUCCGCAUUGUCACAAAGCCAACGGCAUUCAAAACUUCUGCCCCUCUGGAUCUAGAGACAAGCGAACAUGGAUCCUUCUAUGCAUUGCGGCGGCGAUUGCGCAAUGACUUGGCCAAGCGCCUGAUAUCGCUGGCACCCCGGACGAAACGACGCAAGGGAGAGCAUCCAACAUCACCAUCGGACAAAGAGAUCCCCAAGAUACUAUUUAUGAGCAUUGAGCAUUUCAAGGACAUAUUCUUUGUUCCCCCAAGCUCCAUGACGCUUUCGAUGAACAUGUGGCUGAGCACCCAUGCAUAUGUUCUUCUGGUAGGCCCAGGGCCAGCAAUAGCAUCCCUAGCAACUGGCAACAUGGAUGUGAUCUAA